AGCGUAUCACCUGGUCAAACGUCGCCCAAUGUAAUGGAAGCACAUCAAGGACGCGUCUGGGCGAUCGCAGUCUGCUCGGAUGAUGCUGGCUUCUACACAGGUGGUGAGGAUGCCACUAUUUGUUUCUUCAAGGAUACGACCGACAUUAAUGCUGAAGAGAAUGCUGCAAAUGUUGAAGAGUUCGUUAAAACUCAUCAAGAAUUGGAAAAUCUCCUCAGGGGUAAGCAGUACGUGAGAGCUUUGCGGCUUGCGGUGAAACUUGACAAACCUCAACAAACCUUUGAAAUUCUGCAGGAGUUUCUUUUGUUUCCCUAA